AGAAUGUCGCGAAAGAAUGUCUUAAGUUUGAUCAACACGAUCGUGGGCAACUCUUGCAAGUGCCCCGCCCACUCGCAUAAUUAUGGUUCAGCUGCUCCAUCGGCCUUCCAAACGGGUCGCAUGGAAUACGCCUUCGAGAUGUCGGCCUCAACUGUUCGCUUUGGACCCGGAGUAAGUGCCGAAGUGGGAGCUGAUCUUCGCAACCUGGGAGCCCGAAAGGUUUGCCUGGUGACGGACAAAAACGUGGUGCAGUUGCCCUCUGUGAAAGUGGCCCUGGACUCACUCGCCCGUCAUGGAAUCAACUACGAAAUCUACGAUGAAACCCGGGUGGAACCCACGGAUGGCAGCAUGUGGCACGCAGCGGAGUUCGCUCGUCGAAAGGAAUUCGAUGCGUUUCUGGCCAUUGGCGGUGGAUCUUCUUUGGAUACAGCCAAGGCAGCCAAUCUGUUUAGCAGUGAUCUGGAGGCUGAAUUUUUGGACUAUGUUAACUGUCCCAUAGGCAAGGGCAAGGAGAUAUCUGUAAAACUGAAGCCCCUGAUUGCCAUGCCCACCACCUCGGGGACGGGCUCUGAAACCACUGGGGUGGCUAUAUUUGAUUACAAGAAAUUGCAUGCCAAAACUGGGAUUUCCAGCAAAUUCCUAAAGCCUACUUUGGCUAUAAUUGAUCCCCUGCACACCUUGUCCCAACCGGAACGAGUGAUGGCCUUCGCCGGCUUUGAUGUUUUCUGUCAUGCUCUGGAGAGCUUCACGGCGGUGGAUUACCGGGAACGAGGUCCGGCGCCCAGUGAUCCCAGCCUGAGACCCACAUAUCAGGGCAGGAAUCCCGUGUCGGAUGUGUGGGCCCGCUUCGCCUUGGAGGCGAUACGAAAGAACUUCGUGGACGCCAUCUACCAGGCAGACAACCUGGAGGCCCGAUCCCAGAUGCAUUUGGCAUCCACGAUGGCGGGCGUGGGCUUCGGCAACGCCGGCGUUCACCUGUGCCACGGACUUUCUUACCCGAUUUCCGGAAAUGUAAGGGACUACAAGCCCAAGGGUUACGCCGCGGAUCACGCUCUCAUCCCUCAUGGUCUUUCUGUGGUGAUCAGUGCUCCGGCGGUCUUUGAGUUCACCGCUCCAGCUUGUCCAGAGCGGCACUUGGAGGCUGCCCAGCUGCUGGGCGCCGAGGUGCAGGGUGUUCGAAACUCAGACGCCGGUCGUCUUUUGGCGGACACUGUACGCGGCUUUAUGCAACGAGCUGGCAUCGAAAAUGGCCUCCGCGAGCUGGGAUUCUCUAGCAGCGAUGUGCCCGCUUUGGUUGAGGGAACCCUGCCCCAGGAGAGGAUCACUAAGCUGGCACCCAGGGCGCAGACGCAGGAGAAUCUGUCGCAACUCUUCGAGAACUCCAUGGUGGUCUAUUAAUUUGGUGGUCUAUUAACUUACCCACGCUCAACUGGUUCGCUUCAGGGAAAAAGUGUUAAACUAACGGUUCCUGGUCUACAAACUGACCAUGCUUGAGCUUUUAAAAUUCCAAUAUAAUAACAGCGCUUACCAAUCUUAGAGUGGACCAUAUACUUUUGUGUGUACAUAUAUAUACCAUUAAAAAUCCCAUACAGAAUCACUGGAAAUUUGA